AUGGUAAAGAAGGCUAUUGACUCGAGAAUCCCGGCACUGAUCCGUAACGGGGUUCAGGAGAAACAGCGUAGUUUCUUUUUCAUCGUCGGAGACAAGUCGAGGAACCAGCUGCCAAACUUGCACUAUCUCAUGAUGAAUGCUGACCUGAAGAUGAAUAAGAGCAUACUUUGGGCUUACAAAAAGAAAUUGUUGGGGUUCACAUCUAAUAGAAAGAAGAGAGAACAGAAGAUUAAAAAAGACGUCAAGAGAGGCGUGAGGGAGGCUAAUGACCAGGAUCCAUUUGAAGCGUUCAUCUCAAACCAGCACAUCAGAUACACAUACUAUAAAGAAACUGAGAAGAUUCUGGGUAACACCUACGGUAUGUGCAUAUUGCAAGAUUUUGAAGGUCUCACUCCAAACUUGCUUGCUAGAACUAUCGAGACCGUCGAGGGUGGUGGAAUCGUGGUGAUUCUACUCAAGUCGUUGACCUCUCUGAAGCAGCUCUACACUAUGACCAUGGAUGUACAUUCGAGGUAUAGAACUGAAGCCCACAACGAUGUUGUUGCCAGAUUUAACGAGAGAUUUUUACUUUCGUUGGGCUCUUGUGAAAACUGUCUGGUUGUCGAUGACGAAUUGAACGUGCUGCCAAUUUCUGGAGGUAAGAACGUCAAGCCGCUUCCUCCCAUAGACGAGACUGAGCUUACCCCCAAGCAGCAGGAAUUGGCUGAUCUUAAGGAAAGUCUUGCGGACACCCAGCCUGCUGGAUCGCUUGUGGCAAUGGCAAAAACCGUUAACCAGGCCGAGGCCAUUUUGAAAUUCAUCGACGUGAUCUGUGAGAAGACCUUGAGAAACACUGUUGCCCUUACUGCAGGAAGAGGACGUGGUAAGUCUGCGGCACUAGGAAUUGCCAUAGCAGCAGCAGUGUCACAGGAUUACUCCAACAUAUUCGUGACAUCGCCUUCUCCAGAGAAUUUGAAGACGCUGUUUGAGUUCAUCUUCAAAGGGUUUGAUGCUAUGGGCUAUGUGGAGCACCAAGACUAUGACAUUAUCCAGUCCACCAAUCCCGAUUUCAACAAGGCAAUUGUCAGAGUGGACAUCAAGAGGGGACAUCGUCAAACCAUCCAAUAUAUAUCUCCCAACGAUCACCAUGUUCUUGGCCAAGCUGAACUGGUGAUCAUCGAUGAGGCAGCCGCAAUCCCAUUGCCUGUGGUCAAGAAGCUGUUGGGACCAUACCUCGUUUUCAUGGCUUCUACAAUCAACGGUUAUGAAGGAACUGGAAGGUCUCUUUCGUUGAAACUGAUCCAACAAUUGAGAGAACAGUCCAAUGGAUUCUCGUCUGGUAAUAGCCAGACCAAGCAUGUCUCAAGAGACGAGUCCAAGGACCUUGACGUUGAAAUUCGCUCCAGAAGCUUGACCGAGAUCACUUUGGACGAACCAAUCAGAUACGCUCCUGGCGACCCAGUUGAAAAAUGGCUUAACAAGCUGUUGUGUCUGGAUGCCACGCUCACCAAGAACGCCAAAUUCGCAACCAAAGGAACCCCACAUCCUUCCCAAUGCAACUUGUUCUAUGUGAACAGGGAUACUUUGUUCUCGUACCACCCUGUUUCGGAAGCCUUUUUGCAGAAGAUGAUGUCUCUCUACGUUGCCUCUCAUUACAAGAAUUCCCCCAACGAUCUUCAGUUGAUGUCUGAUGCUCCAGCUCACCAGCUGUAUGUGUUGCUUCCACCAAUUGCCGAGAACGACAAUCGAAUCCCCGAUCCUCUGUGUGUUGUCCAGGUCGCUCUUGAAGGAGAAAUCUCCAAAGAAAGUGUCAAGCAGAGUCUGAACCGCGGAGUCAGAGCAGUGGGUGAUCUCAUUCCAUGGCUAAUCUCUCAGCAGUUCCAGGAUGACGAGUUUCCCUCUUUGUCCGGAGCCAGAGUUGUGCGGAUCGCAACCAACCCCGACUAUGUGGGGAUGGGUUACGGCUCAAGAGCCCUAGAACUGUUGGAAGACUAUUUCGAAGGAAAGUUCACGGAUGUUUCUGAGACCAACGACCUCACCGAUGACAAGUUCUCUUUGAAGAGAAUGAGCGAUUCCGAAUUGGAGAAUGCCUCGUUGAAGGACGAGAUCAAGGCCAGAGAUGCCAAGUCAUUACCGCCUCUUUUGCUCAAAUUGAGUGAAAAACCUCCAUAUUACCUCGAUUAUAUGGGAGUAUCUUAUGGGUUAACCAAUCAGCUUCACAAGUUCUGGAAGAAAUCGGGUUAUGUUCCGGUAUAUUUACGCCAGACUGUCAAUGACCUUACUGGUGAACAUACGUGUGUGAUGCUCAAAACUUUGGAAAACAGAAAUGACGUGUGGCUCAAAGAGUUUGCUAAGGAUUUCCGCAAGAGAUUCAUUUCUUUGCUUUCUUAUAACUUUAGCAAAUUCAGCGUGAUCCAAUCGUUGACCGUCAUAGAAAGCACAAAAGCUGAGGCGGAUGUCAAUCCGUUCACCAAGGACGAAUUGGACCAAUCCUUGUCUCCAUUUGAUCUUAAGAGAUUAGACUCAUAUGCAAACAACCUGGUUGAUUACCAUGUCAUAGUGGAUAUGUUGCCAUAUAUUGCACACUCUUUCUUCAUGGGCAGAAUUUCGUCUGAUGUGACGCUUUCGUCUGUGCAAACUGCGGUUUUGCUUGGGAUAGGGUUGCAGCACAAGGAGAUUGGUGAGAUUGCCAAUGAGCUGAAUCUGCCUUCUACCCAGGCCAUGGCAAUGUUUGGCAAGAUUGUGCGCAAAAUAUCUACCUAUUUCCGUUCUGUUUUGUCCAAGACUAUUGAGCAGACCAUGCCUGACAUGGACGUCGACGAUGCUGUGAAGGAGAUGAAUGGUGAGCUAGAAGAUAUCAAGGGCAUUGAAGAGAUCGAGGCCGAACUUGAAGAGGAGCUGAAUCAAGGCGGAUCUGAGGUUCUUCGUGAAAUGAGAGAGAAGCAGAAGGAACUUAUCAACUCGCUGAAUCUCAACAGAUAUGCCAUUGAUGAUAAUGGUGAUUGGGACAGCAACACGAAGUCUCUAGAGAAAGCGGCCAAGGGUAAAGGAACAGUGAGUUUGAAGAACGACAAAAAGAAGAGAAAGCAGGAGGAUGCUACGAAGAUUUACGAGGAGGAAAUGAAGGCUGCGGACAACAUGAAGAAGCACAAGAAGUCCAAAAAGUAG